CGAUAGCAUCGACCAGUCGACGGAAAGUGGAAACGGCAGUGUUGAUCUGGAAUAUUCCGGCAGCCACCGCCUGCGACGGAGACGCUGAUGCCUUCUUUCCCCUUCCUCCGCUAUUCUGCACAUCUUGAAAGCUCUUUUUUUUUUUUCUUCUUCCUAAUUUCUUAAUAACAUCACACAUUAUUUGAGAUUGAUGGAAUAAUAAAUGGAAUUAGACCACAAGGAGUGGGAUGGGAUCUACCACGUCUCUGUAUGCAUCUGUAAAGCAAGUCUGGGUAAUUGGGCCGACCUUCAUGCGAGUUCAGAAGAGUGAGUAGACUACUGCAAUUCUAAGACUAAAAAUAAAUUAUUACACGUGUCACAUUCUCAUUGACGGGUACCUACAAAAAUUUCUCCUCAUAUCGACCAAAACAAAACCUUAAACCCUCAAUUCACAGCUGCAUUAUCAGAGUUUCUGCGAGAGAGCUCGUCUUAUUCUCAGCGUCUGAGAACUAGUCGCCAUGACAGACCCAAUCCGUUACGCAUCUCCGGACGACGAGACGAAGAAGACGACGCACAAGAGAAAGAGAGGGAAGAAACCAUCGGAAGAAUCAGAGCCUCGAAACCCUUAUCAGGCCCAACAAAACGAAGAAGAGGAGAAAGGAGAAGGUGAUGAUGACAAUAAGAAGGAGAAGAAGACGAAGAAAAUGAAGGGAGAGGAAGCAGAGGCCAACGCAGAGGGGGUGGAGGAGGAGAAUAAGAGGAAGAAGAAGGUCAAAAGUGGUGGAGGGUCUGGGAUUAUGAGCACAGACUCCUUUGGUUCAUUGAAUUUGUCUGCCAACACUUUCAAGGCCAUUCAGGAACUCAACUUUCAGUAUAUGACUCAGACCUAUGCCGUGGCAAAGGACCUUCUGAAGUACCACUCACAUACUGUUGACUUGGUUAUCGGUGGUGCAGCUAGGAGAUGUGAAGCAGAACGUCUUGUAAAAGGAGUAAAUCUAUUGGUUGCAACCCCUGGUCGACUUCUUGACCAUCUCCAGAAUACCAAGGGAUUCAUAUAUAAGAACUUGAAGGUCAUUCUCAUCUUUUCUUCGGCAAUUUUGUUGUAGUUUUUUCAAAAGUAUCUGGAAAUUGGCCCUUCAACUGCAUCCACUUGCAGAAGCCAUUACCAUGCUUUUGUUCAACGCACUUUUUAUUCCAUGUGCAAGCAGUGGUAAAUGGAACCAGCAGAAGAAGGCCUCCAUUUGAGGACAUCAGAAAUGUUAGGAUCAAGCUGAUAACAAGGCAUAAAAGACUAGAAUAACCAAGAGACUCAAAGGAGAAUGUACCAAUGAGUGCCUUGGGAUAUAAGUUUCAUUUUGCUUUAAUUUCCACUGAAGCACAUCGAUGAAAGAAAAAAUGAAUGUCAUCUUUCCUUGUACAUUUUUCUAUGUGCAGUAUAAAGACGCUAACUCAUUCACUCU